GGCGCUGAGCCGCUGAGUUCGUAUGGGGACUCCCACCCGAGACGGUUCGAAAGUAUCUGUCACUUCCAAGUGAUUUUUUUGGAUUUCCCGAUGAAAAUACAGCCAGAUUGUCACUGUCAUAGGUCAGAUUGUCAGUAUGUCAGUAGUCAGUAGUUUUAUUUUCAUUUUUUCAUGUUAUAGUUUAUAAUAGGUUAUACUGUUAUACAAAACAAGAAAACAACGUACCACGAUCAUAAAAAUUCCAUGUUAUUACAAUCAAAUUAAUAUUUGUAGUUUUAGUAUUUCUCGCGUUAUUAGUGGUUUCAAUUGUGAAAUAUUAGAAAUCAUAAUUUCACUCCAAUGGUUCUCAUGACAAUGAUUGCCAGAGUGGCAGAUGGCCUUCCUUUGGCUGCCACAAUGCAAGAAGAUGAACAGUCAGGAAGGAGUAUAUUAGACUAUCAGAACCAAGCAAAAAUGUUAUUUAGAAAACUAGGACCACAAUCCCCUGUCAGAUGUACAAUUGAGACAGGACCAUAUUUAUUCCACUAUUUGAUAGAAUAUGAAGUUUGUUACUUGGUAUUGUGUGAAAAAAACUAUUCCAAGAGGCUGGCUUAUUCAUACCUUGAAGACAUUGCACAAGAAUUCCAUACCCAAUAUGGAAAACGAGUAAACACAGUAACCAGACCAUAUACAUUCAUUGAAUUUGAUACAUUUAUCCAAAAGUCAAAGAAACAGUUCACAGACUCUAGGUCUAGGAGAAACUUAAAUGCUAUCAACAAUCAAUUACAAGAUGUUCAAAGAAUAAUGGUACAAAACAUUGAUGAUGUGCUACAAAGAGGAACUGUUCUAUCUGAAUUGGAUAUGAAAACACAAAGCCUAUCUAUGCUGACUGAGAAAUAUAAAAAAGAUGCAACGUAUUUGAAUAAAAAAUCAAUGUAUGUGAAAGCCGCUGUAGGUGGAAUAUUUUUGUUUAUAUUCAUUUUAUAUUUCUGGGUGUUGUAAGGGUUUCGAUAAUAAAAAUUCAUAAUAUACAAUGUUUGUACAUAUUACAUAACUACUAUAUGUAAAUAAUGGAAAAUAUAUGACUAUAAUUGGCUCGUUAAUUUAUUUCAA